AUGUGUGUAGACGUUUUAUCUGAUAAUAUCUGUCUAUCUAUCUAUCUAUCUAUCUAUCUAUCUAUCUAUAUGGUGCUAAUACAUCAGACUCAGUUAACGCUCCUGUUGGUGGCUAAAAAUGAUCUACCUGAUUCUGUUCAUCUAUCUAUCUAUCUAUCUAUCUAUCUAUCUAUCUAUCUAUCUAUCUAUCUAUCUAUCUAUCUAAGUUUGUUCAUAUCUAUCUAUCUAUCUAUCUAUCUAUCUAUCUAUCUAAGUUUGUUCAUAUCUAUCUAUCUAUCUAUCUAUCUAUCUAUCUAUCUAUCUAUGUUCAUUAUCUAUCUAUCUAUCUAUCUAUCUAUCUAUCUAUCUAUCUAUCUAUCUAACUUUGUUCAUAUCUAUCUAUCUAUCUAUCUAUCUAUCUAUCUAUCGAUGUUCAUAUCUAUCUAUCUAUUUAACUUUGUUCAUAUCUAUCUAUCUAUCUUUUUAACUUUGUUCAUAUCUAUCUAUCUAUCUAUCUAUCUAUCUAUCUAUCUAUCUAUCUAUCUAUCUCGUUCUGCUCAUAAUCGCCUAUCUAAUUCUAUCGAUAUCAAUUUUAUUCUAAUAUCUCUUUUUUUAAUUCUGUUUCUAUCUAUCUAUCUAUCUAUCUAUCUAUCUAUCUAUCUAUCUAUCUAUCUAUCUAUACUAUUCUUUCUUUCUUUAUUCCUUGUUUAUUCAUUUAAAGCUUAUUUGAGUUUUCUUUCAUUAUUUCCUUCACAUUUGGCUUUUUCAUUCUUUUCCUCUACUUUUUAUUUUUCUUUCUUAAUUCUACCUUCUUUGUUUUUCUUUCUUUUUAUUUCUACCUCAAUCCCAUAUCUUUUUUACCUUUUUUCUUUACUUUUAUCAUAUUUUUUCUUUCUUUCUUUCUUUCUUUCUUUCUUUCUAUUUCUACCUCAAUCCCAUAUCUUUUUUACCUUUUUUCUUUACUUUUAUCAUAUUUUGCCUUUUCUUUCUUUCUUUCUUUCUUUCUUUUCUUUCUUUUUUCUUUCUUUUCUUUCUUUCUUUCUAUUUCUACCUCAAUCCCAUAUCUUUUUUCACCUUUUUUUCUUUUUACUUUUAUCAUAUUUUUUCUUUCUUUCUUUCUUUCUUUCUUUCUUUCUUUCUUUUCUUCCCAUAUCUUUUUCACCUUUUUUUCUUUCUUUUAUCAUAUUUUGCCUUUCUUUCUUUCUUUUCUUUUCUUUCUUUCUUUCUUUCUAUUUCUACCUCAAUCCCAUAUCUUUUUCACCUUUUUUCUUUACUUUUAUCAUAUUUUGCCUUUCUUUCUUUCUUUCUUUCUUUCUUUCUUUCUUUUCUUUCUUUCUUUCUUUCUUUUCUACCUCAAUCCCAUAUCUUUUCACCUUUUUUCUUUACCUUUAUCAUAUUUUGCCUUUCUUUCUUUCUUUCUUUCUUUCUUUCUUUCUAUUUCUACCUCAAUCCCAUAUCUUUUUCACCUUUUUUCUUUACUUUUAUCAUAUUUUGCCUUUCUUUCUUUCUUUCUUUCUUUCUUUCUUUCUUUCUUUCUUUCUUUCUUUCUUUCUAUUUCUACCUCAAUCCCAUAUCUUUUUCACCUUUUUUCUUUACCUUUAUCAUAUUUUGCCUUUCUUUCUUUCUUUCUUUCUUUCUUUCUUUCUUUCUAUUUCUACCUCAAUCCCAUAUCUUUUUCACCUUUUUUCUUUACUUUUAUCAUAUUUUGCCUUUCUUUCUUUCUUUCUUUCUUUCUUUCUUUCUUUCUUUCUGUCUAUUUCUAUCUCAAUCCCAUAUCUUUUUUACCUUUUUUCUUUACUUUUAUCAUAUUUUGCCUUUCUUUCUUUCUUUCUUUCUUUCUUUCUUUCUUUCUUUCUUUCUUUCUACCUCAAUCCAAUAUCUUUUUCACCUUUUUUCUUUACUUUUAUCAUAUUUUGCCUUUCUUUCUUUCUUUCUUUCUAUUUCUACCUCAAUCCCAUAUCUUUUUCACCUUUUUUCUUUACUUUUAUCAUAUUUUGCCUUUCCUUCUUUCUUUCUUUCUUUCUUUUUCUAUUUCUACCUCAAUCCCAUAUCUUUUUCAACCUUUUUUUUACUUUUACUUUUUGCAUUUCUUUUUUCUUUCUUUCUUUCUUUCUUUCUUUUUCUUUCUUUCUUUUUUCUUUCUUUUUCUUAAUCCCAUAUCGUUUACGUUUUUCUUUACUUUUAUCAUAUUUUGCCUUUCUUUCUUUCUUUCUUUCUUUCUUUCUUUCUUUCUUUCUUUCUUUACCUCAAUCCCAUAUCUUUUUUAACUUUUUCUUUACUUUUAUCAUAUUUUGCCUGCCUUUCUUUCUUUCUUUCUUUCUUUCUUUCUUUUUCUUUCUUUCUCAAUCUCAUAUCAUUUUACAAUUUCUUGUUUUUUUUUUUUUUUUCUUUUUCUUCUUUAUUUUCCCCAUGGUUCGCCAUAUUUCUUUUUUUCUUUUCCACUUACCUUGUUCCUUUCUUCGAGAAUGA